AUGGUUCCAAUGUUAGCGACAAGUCGAAACAGAGGACUUUCCUCGGAUAUCUGUUAUAAAUAUCUCAUCAAAGUCCGACCGAUGAACGAAGUCGAAGCGGGAGAUCUGCUACGGAAGAAGCUUGUUAUAUCCGCAGAGCUGGAGGAUAUGGAAAAACCAGUCAAGACCCUCGAUUUUAUCCCGCUGGCAAUUGUACUAGCCGCCGCCUACAUAACCCAUCGCUCACCGUUUUGUUCACUCUCGCAGUACCUGAACAAAAUUGAGCACAGUGACCAGGAAGCAGCCAAAAUACUCAAUCAUGAGGCAGGUCUGCUGUGUCGAGAUUGGGAAGCGAAAAAUUCCGUAUUGAUGACCUGGCAAAUCUCGUUUGGGUACAUUCGAAGAGUUGAACCUUCGGCAGCGGACCUCCUUUCUCUCAUGCAUUUCUUCGAUCGUCAAGGGAUUCCUCACCCGGAGAAUUUUGGUGUCACUACCCCUAUCGCUGAUACCGAGUAUCGAUUGGACAGCGAUAUCAUAACCCUCAGAGAUUUUUCGCUAAUUUCAGUAGGGAGGGACCCGGCAUUUCUCGCGAUGCAUCGACUGGUGCAAUUGACUGUACGGGCAUGGCUAAAGAACCGUGAUCAGCUCGAGAGGUGGAAGGAUCAGCUCCUGAAGGAGAUGAAAAUUGGGAAACGUGCCAACACCUCUUUCCCCAUGUCCAACAAAUUUGGCCAGGAUCAUCUUGACACGCUAGUGGCCAUGGAUAACCUCGCAAAGACAUACAUGAAGCAGGAACGAUGGGAAGAAGCUAGUCAACUCAUUGAACAAGUGAUGAUGGCUCUCGAUCAUGAUAAUCCCUUCAAGCUAUCAAGCUUUGCGAACCUGGCGUGGUCCCUGUGGAAUCUAGGCCGACACGAGGCGGCCGAGCAGCUCGAGUUGCAGGUGAUGGAGACAAGAAUGACAAAGCUUGGUGCAGACCACCCUAAUAUGAUGGCUAGCAAGACCAUUCUAUCAUCUUUAUGGGAAGCUACUGGCCGACAUUUCGAAGCAAUUGCCUUUCUCAGAGACUGCGUGGCCAAGCAGAAGAAAGUUUUCGGUCCUGAUUAUCCUCGUACCUUGUCUCGUUCUAUGAAGCUCCUGGAGUGGGGAAUGAAGGGUCUAACUCUUGCUGAUCGAUCAAUCUACCCCCUCUGUCAUUGUUCUUCAUUGGGUGGACUCGAAUUUUCUGGGUUUCUUCAAGCGAGCAGUCCAAAUGUUUGCGUGAUUGGCCCUUUAUGCAAAAAAUACCUAACUGUCCACUGUUGA